AUUGCCUAUUGAGAAAUGCGGUCGUUGGUCUCGGUUGCUUUGUUAACAUUGUUAACUGUGUUUUUUACAGAAAAUGUAAACUCCAAGUUUUUAGAAUAUCCUUGUGGAAUGGCACCCACUGCCAAAAUUAACGGUGGUGAAGAUGCAAACGCGAAAUAUUCUGUCUGGAUGGCAGCCAUAUUCAAUUCAACAUAUUUGCAAUGCGGUGGCACAAUUAUACAUAAACGUUUUGUGCUAACCGCUGCUCAUUGCUUGCAAAAUCAAACUCAACUGUACGUUCGGUUGGGGGCACGCAACAUAAGUAACCCCAGCGCUGUGUAUACAGUCGAAAAUACCAUUGUGAAUCCUAACUACAAUAAAUGGACAGUCGAGAGUGAUAUAGGGCUGCUUCAACUAUCGAACAGUAUCACCUACAACGCUCUAGUUCAACCAAUUUGCAUUUUUAUGGAUAAAAGUAUUAAGCCGGCAGUGGAGAACUUGAAAACGUUUAGAGCCUUUGGCUGGGGACUUAAGGAGGGCAGAUUGAGCGACAUCCUGCAGACCGUCGAUCUAACGCAGUACAAACGAGAGGUGUGUGAAAGUACACUAAUCGUUAAUCUGAGUUCAGCACACAUUUGCGCAGGAAGGGAAGAGGAAAGGGGAGACACCUGUCGGGGCGAUUCGGGGGGUCCAUUGUCCACAAGUUUUAAAAAUUCUCCCAUGGAAGUUGAGGUUCAGUUGGGAAUCGUAAGCGCAGGGACGACGGAAUGCAAUGGAGUAGCGGUGUAUACCGACGUGACCAGCUAUGUGGAUUGGAUCAAGUCAACAAUAGCUACCCAUGACCUUUCACAGAAGUACAACGGCAGAAAAGAGACUUUCAUGAGCAAUCCCUUUGCUCAACCACCGAUUCCUGUCCAUCCUCCAGCCAUUCCUGUGUAUUAUCCAACGAUUGCUGUGGAUCCACCACCGAUUCCUGUGCAACCUCCACCGAUUCCUGUGUAUUAUCCACCGUAUUCUGUGGAUCCUCCACCGAUUCCUCAAAGGACUCAUCGGUUGAUACAUCCCCAGUCACUUCCUCCGAUGUUGUAUAAUGACUGCAGUCCGAAUAUUUCGACACCGAUCGCGCAGCUAAGCAUUUAUGGGCCUGGUUUUACUACGCUGGGUGUGUUCAUAACAGACCAACUGAUCAUCACUGCUGCCACAGACUUGCCCGAAGUGGCCGCCUCUUUAUACGUGGUCGUUGAGGAGCCAACGAGAAGUGCGAUCUUCCAAAUUGAUUCGGUGUCAAAGCACCCAAAUUUUUCGAAUGAUUACCAGAAUGACAUAGCAGCACUUAAAAUUGUUGGAUCAAUAAAAACCCACCCAUAUAAGCCCAUCUGCAUUUUGACAACGGCACAAUACCAGCUAAAGGCCGAAUCUCAUUCUUUAUUUAAUAUACUCAACAAAACGUCGGAUGUAAAAUUCGUCGCCAACCCCAUGAAACGCGACCUAUGCUCAUGGUAUAUGGGAUUUGAGAUCCAUGAAAGCCAGGUUUGUGUGGAAGAGCCACCGAACAACACAAGUGAUCUCCAACAGAAUCAUGAUUACAUUAUGGCAGGAGAGCUGUAUGCAAAUAACCAGAAACGCCACCUUUUGUUCGGCAUUUUCAGUUUUUCAAAUGAAGGCAUACACGUUUUUACAAAUGUUAUGAGACACACGAAUUGGAUAAGUUCCUUGCUGUAAACGUUUUAAAAUUCCAUCGUCAAAUCUUUGAAUGGAUGCCUUAUACUUGUAUUAAGCUCAAUAAUAAAGUAAGCGUACAAAUAAGAA